GGAAAGGACGGAGGGAGGAGGAAGGAUGGGCGGUGUUGGCGUAGCUGCAGGGAGGUGACUGGAGCGAGCCUGGCCCCUUGCAUCCUUCCCCUGUGUACCUCCCUCCCCUUUUUUUCCGCCUUCUGCCAGCAGAAGCAGCAGCCGCAGCACCUGAGCCGCUACUGCCGCUCACUCAGGACAACGCUAUGGCUGAGCCUGGGCACAGCCACCAUCUCUCCGCCAGAGGCAGGGGAAGAACUGAGAGGCGCAUACCCCGGCUGUUGCGGCUGCUGCUCUGGGCUGGGACCGCCUUCCAGGUGACCCAGGGAACGGGACCGGAGCUUCACGCCUGCAAAGAGUCUGAGUACCACUAUGAGUACACGGCGUGUGACAGCACGGGUUCCAGGUGGAGGGUCGCCGUGCCGCAUACCCCAGGCCUGUGCACCAGCUUGCCCGACCCCGUCAAGGGCACCGAGUGCUCCUUCUCCUGCAACGCCGGGGAGUUUCUGGAUAUGAAGGACCAGUCGUGUAAGCCAUGCGCUGAGGGCCGCUACUCCCUCGGCACAGGCAUUCGGUUUGAUGAGUGGGAUGAGCUGCCCCAUGGCUUUGCCAGCCUCUCAGCCAACAUGGAGCUAGAUGACAGUGCUGCUGAGUCCACCGGGAAUUGCACUUCGUCCAAGUGGGUUCCCCGGGGCGACUACAUCGCCUCCAACACGGACGAAUGCACAGCCACACUGAUGUACGCCGUCAACCUGAAGCAAUCCGGCACCGUCAACUUCGAAUACUACUACCCAGACUCCAGCAUCAUCUUUGAGUUUUUCGUUCAGAAUGACCAGUGCCAGCCCAAUGCAGAUGACUCCAGAUGGAUGAAGACCACAGAGAAAGGAUGGGAAUUCCACAGUGUGGAGCUAAAUCGAGGCAAUAAUGGCCUCUAUUGGAGAACCACAGCCUUCUCAGUAUGGUCCAAAGUAUCCAAGCCUGUGCUGGUGAGAAACAUCGCCAUAACAGGGGUGGCCUACACUUCAGAAUGCUUCCCCUGCAAACCCGGCACAUAUGCAGACAAGCAGGGCUCCUCUUUCUGCAAACUUUGCCCAGCCAACUCUUACUCAAAUAAAGGAGAAACUUCUUGCCACCAGUGUGACCCUGACAAAUACUCAGAGAAAGGAUCCCCUUCCUGUAACGUGCGCCCAGCUUGCACAGACAAAGAUUAUUUCUACACACACACAGCCUGCGAUGCCAACGGAGAGACACAGCUCAUGUACAAAUGGGCCAAGCCGAAAAUCUGUAGCGAGGACCUUGAGGGGGCAGUGAAGCUGCCUGCCUCUGGUGUGAAGACCCACUGCCCACCCUGCAACCCAGGCUUCUUCAAAACCAACAACAGCACCUGCCAGCCCUGCCCAUAUGGUUCCUACUCCAAUGGCUCAGAUUGUACCCGCUGCCCUGCAGGGACUGAACCUGCCGUGGGAUUUGAAUACAAAUGGUGGAACACACUGCCCACAAACAUGGAAACGACCGUUCUCAGUGGGAUCAACUUCGAGUACAAGGGCAUGACAGGCUGGGAGGUGGCUGGUGAUCACAUUUACACAGCUGCUGGAGCCUCAGACAAUGACUUCAUGAUUCUCACUCUAGUUGUGCCAGGAUUUAGACCUCCACAGUCGGUGAUGGCAGACACAGAGAAUAAAGAGGUGGCCAGAAUCACAUUUGUCUUUGAGACCCUCUGUUCUGUGAACUGUGAGCUCUACUUCAUGGUGGGUGUGAAUUCUAGGACCAACACUCCCGUGGAGACGUGGAAAGGUUCCAAAGGCAAACAGUCCUAUACCUACAUCAUUGAGGAGAACACUACCACGAGCUUCACCUGGGCCUUCCAGAGGACCACUUUUCACGAGGCAAGCAGGAAGUACACCAAUGACGUUGCCAAGAUCUACUCCAUCAAUGUCACCAAUGUUAUGAAUGGCGUGGCCUCCUACUGCCGUCCCUGUGCCCUAGAAGCCUCUGAUGUGGGCUCCUCCUGCACCUCUUGUCCUGCUGGUUACUAUAUUGACCGAGAUUCAGGAACCUGCCACUCCUGCCCCACUAACACAAUUCUGAAAGCCCACCAGCCUUAUGGUGUCCAGGCCUGUGUGCCCUGUGGUCCAGGGACCAAGAACAACAAGAUCCACUCUCUGUGCUACAAUGAUUGCACCUUCUCACGCAACACUCCGACCAGGACUUUCAGCUACAACUUUUCCGCUUUGGCAAACACUGUCACUCUUGCUGGAGGGCCAAGCUUCACUUCCAAAGGGCUGAAAUACUUCCAUCACUUUACCCUAAGUCUCUGUGGAAACCAGGGUAGGAAAAUGUCUGUGUGCACCGACAAUGUCACUGACCUCCGGAUUCCUGAGGGUGAGUCAGGGUUCUCCAAAUCUAUCACAGCCUACGUCUGCCAGGCAGUCAUCAUCCCCCCAGAGGUGACAGGCUACAAGGCCGGGGUUUCCUCACAGCCUGUCAGCCUUGCUGAUCGACUUAUUGGGGUGACAACAGAUAUGACUCUGGAUGGAAUCACCUCCCCAGCUGAACUUUUCCACCCGGAGUCCUUGGGAAUACCGGACGUGAUCUUCUUUUAUAGGUCCAAUGAUGUGACCCAGUCCUGCAGUUCUGGGAGAUCAACCACCAUCCGUGUCAGGUGCAGUCCACAGAAAACUGUCCCUGGAAGUUUGCUGCUGCCAGGAACGUGCUCGGAUGGGACCUGUGAUGGCUGCAACUUCCACUUCCUGUGGGAGAGUGUGGCUGCUUGCCCGCUCUGCUCAGUGGCUGACUACCACGCUAUCGUCAGCAGCUGCGUGGCUGGGAUCCAGAAGACUACUUACGUGUGGCGAGAACCCAAGCUAUGCUCUGGUGGCAUUUCUCUGCCUGAGCAGAGAGUCACCAUCUGCAAAACCAUAGAUUUCUGGCUGAAAGUGGGCAUCUCUGCAGGCACCUGUACUGCCAUCCUGCUCACCGUCUUGACCUGCUACUUUUGGAAAAAGAAUCAAAAACUAGAGUACAAGUACUCCAAGCUGGUGAUGAAUGCUACUCUCAAGGACUGUGACCUGCCAGCAGCUGACAGCUGCGCCAUCAUGGAAGGCGAGGAUGUAGAGGACGACCUCAUCUUUACCAGCAAGAAGUCACUCUUUGGGAAGAUCAAAUCAUUUACCUACAAGCAGCCAGCUCCUGUCACCAUCUCUCUUUCAGAGGACUCCUGAUGGAUUUGACUCAGUGCCACUGAAGACAUCCUCAGGAGGCCCAGACAUGGACCUGUGAGAGGCACUGCCUGCCUCACCUGCCUCCUCACCUUGCAUAGCACCUUUGCAAGCCUGCGGCGAUUUGGGUGCCAGCCUCCUGCAACACCAACUGCUGGAAAUCUCUUCAUUGUGGCCUUAUCAGAUGUUUGAAUUUCAGAUCUUUUUUUUAUGGAGUACCCAAACCCUCCUUUCUGCUUGCCUCAAACCUGCCAAAUAUACCCACACUUUGUUUGUAAAUUAUGCCCUUGCUUGUAUCUUGUUUCCCAAAAUGGCCCAUCCGCCAGAGCCAUAGCUUCGUCUGCUCAUAAUUCUUAUAGCUUUGGAAUGAAAAUAUUUCUAUCUUCUUAAGUAUAGAAACUAUUUCCUCUGUCCUCUAACUUAAGGGCAGAAACAGCUGGGAGUUUUCCUCGCAUGCCCUCAGCUCAUGAUCUCUUUAGGAGAGAGGCUGGGUGAGGAGGGUGUCAGGGUUCCCUGGUGGAUAAUCUUCAUAGCAGCCUGGAUCCAUUUCCCCUGGAUAACCAGCUCAAAGGGAGUGAAAAUGGUAGUCUGAGGGCAAGGGGAGUAAGGCCUGGGUAAGAAAAGGCUUGAAAAGCACAAAAAGAGGCCGGGUGCGGUGGCUCACGCCUGUAAUCCCAACACUUUGGGAGGCCGAGGCGGGUGGAUCACGAGGUCAGGAGAUUGAGACCAUCCUGGCUAACACGGUGAAACCCCGUCCCUACUAAAAAUACAAAAAAUUAGCCGGGCGUGGUGGCGGAUGCCUGUAGUCCCAGCUACUCAGGAGGCUGAGGCGGGAGAAUGGCGUGAACGCGGGAGGCGGAGCUUGCAGUGAGCCGAGAUCAUGCCACUGCACUCCAUACAGCCUGGGUGAGAGUGAGACUCUGUCUCAAAAAAAAAAAAAAAAAAAAAAAAGAGAGAAAAGCACAAAGAGCGGCAACAAGGAAUGUUUUUGUUUUUGAGACAGGGUCUCGCUCUGUCACCUAGGCUGGAAUGCAGUGGCAUAAUCACUGUUCACUGCAGCCUCAAUCUCUUGGGCUCAAGCUAUCCUCCCACCUCAACCUCUCAAGUAGCUAGGACUACAAGUGUGCACCAACAGGCUCACUAAUUUUUAUAUUUUUUGUAGAGACAGGGUGUCACCAUGUUGCCCAGGCUGGUCUCCAACUCCUGGGCUCAAGCGAUCUGUCCGCCUCAGCCUCCCAAAGUGCUGGGAUUACAGGCACAAGCCACUGCACUCAGCCUUUUAUUUGUUUUUUAAACCACGUAGCUCCUUGCCUUCUCUUAAGUAAAUGAUAGAUAUUCUCACUGAAGCCAAAGGAAUAAGUUCAUCAAGAAAAUGCCCAAAGUCCUGGUGGAUACAUCCUCCCUAUUUUUUUUUUAAACCUCCCACUAUCACUCUAUGACACUGAAAAGAACCAGGUAAGCCCCAAACCCAGAUGUUCCAGCCUUAUCCUCUAUUGGGUUUACCCACAGAGAUGGCAAACCCUGUCAGUGAGGAAAAUUCCCCAUCCUUGAGUGCCCCCGUCCUAGAAGUUUGGGCCAUAUUAUGGAACAGGGGUCUCUUAUUUGGAAAGAGCACAGGGAGGCCAAGAUUUUAAUGGGGCACUUUAGGGGAUCCAGCCCACAAUGGCAUGGGCCUGAGGUGGCCAUGAUGUCUGCUUCUAAGCUUAACCCAUCUGCUCAGGCACAGAAUAAAUGUCUAGGCUGGCCAAAAAAGGAACUGAAUCCCAGGCCCAUAAGCCAGCACCAGAAUCAAACCAGUCUUCAAGGAAGGAAGGCUAGGAGAGUUUAACAAGAUUUUCACUGGGCCCAGCAUGGUGGCUCACACCUGUAAUCCCAAGGCAGAAUGGUCGCUUGAGCUCAGGAGUUCAAGACCAGCCUGGGCAACAUAGUGAGACCCUGUCUCUAAAAAAUUAAAAAAUAAACAAGGUGUUCACCAAGCUGGGAUACUUCUCACUUUUAAGCCCCUAUCUUUCUCUUUUUUUCAUUCUCAAUUGCUUUGUGUGAUAAAAAACUAAAGAGACUUCUGGUCCAAUUUCUGGCAACAUCCCUUCUGAAAGGUGAGUAGAGUGGGUGUCUUCUAUGCCCGUUUUCCCCAAUUUUACACAAACUAUUAUCAAUGAACUUUUAAGUACCUAGAAUGGGUAAAACCAGAGCAAGACCUUAAAUUACCUUCUUCUUUUUUCUACUGGCAGUUCUGCCUCCAUCACUAUCAGGCUAGGGUGACCUUCCCUUGGUCAAGCCCCAAUUGCCCAUGAUUUGUGCCUGUGCCCUUUCUCCAGUGACCAUUUGGUGACCAGAUGGUAGAUACAGAAAGAGGAUGGCAUUUGCAAGUGACUAGUCUGCCACAAAAUGCUCAUCUGAUUAGCCACUGCUGCCCUGGCGAUGGCUUUGUAAGAGUCGAUGAGAACUAGAGCCAUGCUGUGGCCCCUGGCCAUUAACAGUGUUGGUGAUGGCAGGGAGUCCCUUUGGUUUAAUAGAUCCAGUUUUUCUUUGGGUAUCCAAACUCUCCCUCCUUUUAUAGGAGUCAGGCUCUCAGAACCUGUGUGCAUGUUGGAACUUCCCCCAGUGUGGAUGCAGAUACGCAGCUCCUGAGCUCCGACCUCAAGUCUUCUGUAGCCUCAGCAAUACUCGGGCACCUGCCGUCUCACUGAAUAGCUUUCUUUUGUGACAAAAGCCACAGACAGCCCUUAGACUAUUCCGGAAACAGUAGGAAAAAUUACAUAUGUCUUUGACUUCUUUAUUCUGACUCCACUGAUUUUAGCCAUAAUACUUUAAGGAGCUACUUUUUACUACCCCUUACCCUGCUGACUUCUGCAGGUCUGCCCUGUGACCUGUCAGGAACUCCUGAGUUACGCUACUGGGGUCACCUGUUGCUCCCCUAGCAAGUUAGACAUGUCAUAUUUUUAACAGCUUUAUUGAGAUAUAAUUCACAUAUUAUACAAUUCACCUUUAAAACAUACGAUUCAGUGGCUUUUAGCAUACUCACAGAGUUGUCCGCCCAGCUGAGAGCAAACACAUGUUCAAUUUUCUUUUCCUCUUUUUUUUUUUUUUUUUGUUUUUUUUUUUUGAGACAGAGUCAGCUUUGUCACCCAGGCUGGAGUGCAGUGCCGUGAUCUUGGCUCACUACAGCCUCCCCGUCCUGGGUUCAAGUGAUCCUUCUGCUUCAGCCUCCCCAGUAGCUGGGAUUACAAGCAUGUGCCACCACGCCUAGCUAAUUUUUGUGUUUUUAGUAGAGAUGGGGUUUCACCAUGUUGGCCAGGCUGGUCUCGAACUCCUGGGCUCAAGUGAUCCACCCACCUUGGCCUCCCAAGGUGCUGGGAUUAGAGGUGUGAGCCACUGUGCCCGGCCUACAUGUUCAAUUUUCUAUGAACAAAGGCUUUAGUCCUUGACCCAGGGCUAAAGUGGUCUGUCCAAGCUGUUGUUGGUAGAGGGAGUAUGAUAAAAUGUUUAAAUCUCAUUUGGUUACCUUAAGUCCUGGAACACGCAGUAACUGUCAUCCUAUAGUCAUCACCUGUAUUUGGCUGGGAAUACAAAUGAAGAUUGUGGUGUAUUCAAGCAGUAGGGUUUUUGUUUUUGUUUUAGUGCCAACAAAACUUUUUUUUGUCUGACUACAUUAAAGAUAAGACUGACUAUAUUUAUACAACAGAAA